GAUUACAAAAAAAAAAAAAAAAAAAAAAAAUAGAAAAGAAUUCAGGGAAUUUUUCGAGGGAACCGCAGACAAAUAGAGUUAACAAGAGGCUCGUACGGAAGGAAAAUUCUCUGCCAGCAAUAUCGUAACGUUAUUAAGAGUGAUCACCGACGUUGCAGAACUUUCCGCAGACGCAAGGAGACUUUUUCACGGACACAAUGGGAACAAUGAGGAACAAUUUCGCGGCGGUCUUUGUGCUUCACAUCCUGAUGCACUUGACGAGUCAAUCCCUCCCCCUACGCGGCACCAACGAAAAUUCCUCCAAGAGAAACAGUUUGUCCGAACUGCGAUCGACGUCCUCCCCGAUCUACGAAUGCCUCUUCCUAGAUCCGGAUCUGCCCGUUUGCGACGAGAAAUUAAUGUUGAAGUUGGCGGAGGAUUCGUCGAGCGAUCAAGAUAAUUUUGGUAAAAAUAGUGGGCGACGCUCGACGAGAAACGUCGAUGCAUCCACGACGGACGUCAUAGUGUAUACCAUUGAGGGUUGUUUACCGUCUAAGAUACCCUUCUCGAUGCCUUCCUGCGAGGGGAUUUCCUUGGACAAGAUCGUGGAUGUGCAGAAAUUCCGUCCCUUCGUCGUGAAGGGAGUGACAAAGCCACCGUUCGUGUUCCCGAAAUUCAAUUAUCGCGAAUGGCAGCGUAUGAUGAUGCGGUUGCAGAAUCAUGUUUCGCCAGAGACGCAAUUCAAAGAAGAACAGCCGAUCGGUACGUCCGAGGAAGCGGCGUCGUCGUCGUCGUCGUCGUCGUCGUUCGUCGAUNNAUCCGUGGUUCAGGAUGUAAGAAAGCAAGAGCUGAUGAAGGCAGCCACGAAGAAGGAAAUGAUGCCGAAUAUGAUUGCCGUUAUUACGACCAACUCGAACGACUCGUCGCCGAACAACACGCGCAUUCUUGAUAAUUCCAAAGUUGGGAAAUCGGUGGAUCGACCAGCGGCAAGGACGAGCGAGGAAUUUUCCAAUAUCGUAUCGCGGGCGGCUUCCACCUCUGCAAGCGUAGAAAAUCGAUCGAGUUUCCGAUUCCGUGAUCGGAUCGAUAAUUCGAAGGAAUCGACGUCUAACGAGUCCCCCGAUCGUCCCAAGUUCAAUGUUGGAGAAAAUUCCGAAAUUCCGAAUACACCGCCUCGCUACAACCCCGUCGUCCCUCCGGAGUUAUCUUCCAACGAGCUUCUAAACUAUCAUAAUUCCGACGAAUUCUCAGAAUCGCUUCCCAAAGGGAAGGAGACGAGUGCGGUCGAUAGUGGGAUUGCGCCCGAUUUCCCAUUCAAGAGAACGAUCGUCGGAGCGUUGAGAAGAAGAAGGUUACCGACGCACAACACGGACCAGGCGUCGACGAACAAAUCGGACGAUAUAUCGCGACCACGAUUUCGACGCGGGAAAGCAAAACGAGCGAUUCGAAUGUAA